CAACAGUCCUUGACUCAUCUUCAGUCAUAGUCAAACAAUCUCACAGUUCUGAAGAUUAUCUUUAUUGUGUUUUAUUAAAUUUGUAUAAUAAAUUGGCUUCUUAAUUACUUACUAUUUAGUGCAACAAAGCCAAAAGAUGUCCUCCAGAUCUUUACGCAAAAUAAGGGGAGAUAAAGAUCUAGAAGAUAUUAAAAACAUUUUGAAAACUACAUCUCUCAAUGAGGAAAAAAACCUGCCCACCAAAGCUUCUCAAUCUUUAAAUGUUUUUGAUCUUUUGAACGCUGAUUGUUCAUCAGAUGAGGAAGCAAAUGAGGACAGUCCCGAUCAUAGUUUAGUUGAAACACCAGUGGCAAAAAAAGCUCAACAAAAAAAAAGAAAGAAGAAAAAUAAAAAGAAGCAAAAAAACGAACUCCAGAAUAAUGAAGCUGUUGAACAAGAAGAUAACUUUGAUGCAAUACUGUCUGAACUGGAUGCUAUUUCCCCCCGAAAUUUGGAUUCUUCAGUAACAGGAAAUAUCAGCACACUUCAAAAUUCACUGCAAUCCACAACAUUGACAGUGAUUCGCAAAAAUCUGAAUGCUGAGAACGAACUCAGACGAAUGUUUGGAAGGGAAGCUGUUGAUGAGAACAGAGGGCGUGGUUCUCAAUUCAAGAAGAAAAACUACAUAUUUGCAACACCUAAGUCUAACUGGCCACCCAUGACAAAAUGUGGUAUACAGAUGGUGGUUGCGAAGACGCAGAGUGGAAUAACUUACUUCAAAUAUGUUCAUAGCAAAUCAAAUUAUCAGAAUCUCCAACAAAUAUUUUGGAAGGCAUCCCAUUUGGCAGAUCCACAUGCAGUCAGGCAAGUUCUGGAAAUUCAUCCAUAUCACCUGGAUACAUUGCUUCAUUUAAGUGAAGUAUGCAGAGUCAGUGGGGAUACACAGACAGCAUCAGACCUGUUGAAUAGAGCUCUCUUUUGUUUGGAAAAAGCCUUUCAUCCCAGUUUUAAUGUGACAUCUGUAACAUGCAGAUUGGAUUACAAUAGAACAGAAAACAGAGCAUUAUUCAUUGCUCUGUUCCGGCAAAUACUUUUUGUGUCGUUGAAGUCUUGCUGGCAGACAGCAUUUGAAUUGUCUAAGUUUCUGUACAACCUGUCUCCAGAACAGGACCCUUUGGCUUGUCUAUUAGUCAUUGAUACCCUUGCUCUAAAAGUUGAAGAUUACAACUUUGUUUUGCAGUUUAUUGAUGAAUUCAAUCAUUCUUUGAAGCUAACAAUGCUCCCUAACUUUGCGUACUCAUAUUCCAUUGCCCAAUUUUACAAGGAAGUAGUGGAUGGAGUUUCACAUGAACAUUCAAGUGAUUUAUUGCAAAAAGCAAUUCUAAAUUAUCCUAUGGUUGCCCAACUUAUUUGUGAAAAAUGUUCCUUUGUCAUUGAAUCAAACUCUCUUUUUGUGAUGAAUGAAAAAGUACUUAAAAGUCAUACCAGGAGCCUUACUCAGCAAUGUAAGCUGUAUCUAGAGAGGUCUGUUGAUCUAUGGAAAGAUACUAAGGUAGUUCAUUGGUUCAAACAUAAUGUGGAUAUUGUGAACACUAAUCAUGCAGAUAUGCCAGGAUAUCAGGAAUCCCUGCACCAGAGAAAAACCGUAUUUCUUAGUCCACCCCUCAAUGUUAUGAGACACAUUUUCAUCUCUGACAUCUCAGCUGUAUCGGCUUUAUUGCCUAAUACAGCAUUUGAAAGCUCGCAAGACCCCCAUGAUCCAAUGCCACCCCCAUCUAGUUACUCAGAUUACCAACCUGGCACAACAAGACCUAACGCUGGCAAUCCAGUAAUGGCAUUCAUCAACUCUCUCAUGCCUGGCUAUGACCAAAACACUCAAAAUGAACAGGAAAUUGGUGGAGUAAACCUGGGUGGCUUCUUGGCUCCUGCUGGCGAGGGGAACAGAGCAGGGCAAUGGGGAGAACAACUGAGAAACAUUCCUGGAGAUUUUGGGGUCGCCCUUAGGGAUAUGCUCGCUAAUCUUUAUAUUCAAGAUCAAGACAAUCAGGAUGCUAUGCCUGAAGUUGUUGAUGAAGCUCAAAAUGAUGAUGAGAUUGAGAAUAGAGAGAUUGUGGAGGAUGAUUUGGACUGAAACGUUUUUUAAUUUUCAGAAUUUUAGUUAAAAACCUAUAAUUAAGUUAAAUUUAUGUGCUUUGUUUGUUUUUCUGACCA